AUGUCAGAUCCGUUUGCACAUCUGUUGACAUCAUUGAAGAACAAGGAUUCUGGAACUGAAUCCAAGAAAACAACCCCUCAGACCAAAAAUUUCACUGCCACAUCUGCAACUGUAGUUGCGAGCGUUGCGACAACACCUAAAGGUAAUAACAAUGGUCUCCAUUCACUGUCUGCUUCUCCUAUAGUACCAGUGUCGAAUGUAAGUUUCUCUGCGGCUCCGUUAGUACCAAGUAAUAGCAAUUCCAACGCAAAUACUGCUGGCAAUACUCCUUCGCCUUCCCCAGCCAAUGUUGAAGAUGACUUUGACGAUCUCUUUGGUAGUAACACAAUAGAAACAUCGGAUGGGCUUCAAGAGGUAGACCAGCUUUACUAUGGAAACAACGACGGCUCAAAUGGUGGUGAUAACGUCUUAGUCGAUGAAGUUAAGGAUAUGGAAAUCGCAAGAUUGAUGUCAUUGGGCUUAUCGAUCGAGAAGGCCACUGAUUUUUAUAAUAGCGAUAUAACGUAUGAAAGGUAUUUGGAAAUUUCGAAACUAAACCAAAAGAAGCACAAGGACCGAAUUGUUAGUCACAGACCGACUGAUUUAAGUUAUAAGAACGCAAGUUUAUUUAACAAUACAAAUUCAAAUAAUAAUAAUAACCUGUUCAGCAUGGCUACUGAUUUCUUUAACAAGGGAAAGGAACUGGUAGACCAAUGGACCUCUUUUCCUCCAGAGGCAAACGACAGACUAAGUAACUAUGCAAACGUUGAAGAUAAACCUGACCACUACGAAUUGCCUUUAAAAAAUGAUUCACACGAAGGGUCUCUACCUGAAAAAAAAAAGUAUGAGAAAGACUUGCUUGGGGGAAAUGAUCUGGAUGAUGAUCUUUUAACCGAUUUUGAAACGAAGGUAGAUAUAGCAAAGAAGAACACGAAGGGCACGACUCCAUCGCCUUCACCAUCCCCUGGCAUACUAGUCGAGGAUACACUGAGAAAAGAGACACCUCAAACGGAGGAUAAUCUUUUAGAUUUCUCCACAGACAACAUCAAUAGCACCAACGAUAGCGCAAUUUUUAGUGAGGAUGGUAACGCGAACCCUGUAGUGCCUAUCUCAGAUAUCGAAUUAUCCGGUUAUAACGAAUUUAAAGCAAAGGGUACCAGUCUGUUUAAAAAUGGUGAUUACGUGAAUUCGUUACAGGAAUAUGAAAAGUCCUUGAAUUCAUUACCUUUGAAACAUCCAUUAAGGGUCAUUGCUCUAUCUAACAUCAUCGCAUCGCAAUUAAAGAUUGGUGAAUAUUCCAAGUCCAUUAAAAACUCUGAUACGGCGUUGGCAUUAUUUCCAUCAGCCAAACCUAGAUGGAACGAUAAGAUUUCAAAGAGUGAUCCUCAAAGAUCAUUCAACGACAUCUGGCCAAAGAUCAUGAUUAAGCGUGCUGAAUCUUUCGAGCAUUUAGAAAGUUUCAAAAAUGCACUAGAAACAUAUCAAGAGUUAAUUGAAAAAAAUUUCUUCGAUGAUAAGAUUAUGCAGGGAAAAAGGAGAUGCCAAAGCUUUGUUAAUCCUAUUCCUGUAAGGAAACCCAGUCCUGUCAAAAAGACAACACCAACUCCGGCACCAAUGAAGAAGCCAACUUCCUCUCCUUCUCCGGAUCCCGUUGACAACGCUUCGAGAGUAAAGGAACAGGAGUUGGAAAAUGCUAAAUUGGCACUAUACGAUAAUGUCUCUGAUAGAAUUGGCUGCUGGAAGUGUGGUAAAGACGAUGAUAUACGCCAUUUGUUAGCCAACCUGUCUAGUCUACUAACAUGGUGCAAUUGGAAAGAUGUAUCUGUGCAAGAUUUAGUGAUGCCCAAAAAGGUCAAAAUCACCUACAUGAAAGCUGUAGCCAAGACGCACCCUGACAAGAUACCAAAAUCCUUGUCUUUGGAAAAUAAAAUGAUUGCAGAAAACGUUUUCACUACUUUAAGUAUCGCUUGGGAUAAGUUCAAACAGCAAAAUGAGAUCAACUAA